CCAGCGGCUGCUGGUCUCUCCUCUCUGGUUCCCCCCUCCACCCACUCCUCCAAAAACCCUAACCCCUCGACGCACGCAGCUCGACGGCUCGGCCGGGGACGGCGGCGCGCCCCUCGCCCGGGUUUAUCCGAAAGGAAUGACCUUGGCCUUUUAAUUGGAAAGGUGAGAAUCAAUCAAGUAUGGCUUCAAGGGCAAUCAUCAGAAGAAGAAAGUAUCUAUGGGACCAUAUUAACAAACCUACCCCUUUCUCUACUUUCCAAUAUGGGAGAUCUGGUUCUGAGGAUGAGCCAAGAAUUGCACAGCGAUAUCCUGAGCAAAGCUCUGGGGACUUCAAAUGGGAGAAAGGGCAGUAUGGCAUGAAUUUGAUAAAGAGAGAUCUACUAGGCCUUGGUAAUGGGAUUCUGAGGCAACCUCUAUCUGGCUAUGAAAUCAGAAAGAAGGAAAUUGGGUUUCCAGCGGGAGCUAGAUAUUUGCUGCAGUCAGUCCGCACAGCCUCAACUGCAACUGCUGGGCAACCUAAGUUGGAUAUUGAAGAUGAACAGAGUGAGGAGCAGAAACAGAGCAAAAGAAAAAAGGAGGCAUCCCCAGAAGAAUGUGAUCAGGCUGUGGAAGGCCUAAGCAGUGCAAAAGCUAAAGCCAAAGCCAAGCAGGUGCAAGAAUCUCUAAAGGCUGGACAAUCGAUUGUACAAAAAUUCUGGGCACGGCUUCUUGGUAUUGGCCCUGCUCUCCGGGCUGUUGCUUCGAUGAGCAGAGCUGACUGGGCUGCAAAGCUGAAGCACUGGAAGGAUGAAUUUGUGUCAACGCUGCAGCAUUACUGGUUAGGAACAAAGCUGCUCUGGGCAGAUGUUAGGAUAUCAUCAAGAUUACUGGUGAAACUUGCUGGUGGAAAGAGCCUUUCAAGAAGAGAGAGGCAACAGCUGACCCGUACAACAGCAGAUAUAUUCAGGCUGGUACCUUUUGCUGUGUUCAUCAUUGUUCCAUUCAUGGAGUUCUUACUGCCGGUGUUCCUCAAAUUAUUUCCAAAUAUGCUCCCCUCAACUUUCCAAGAUAAGAUGAAAGAAGAGGAAGCAUUGAAAAGGAAACUGAAAGCAAGAAUGGAGUAUGCCAAGUUUUUGCAAGAUACUGCAAAAGAAAUGGCAAAGGAAGUUCAAACAUCACGUAGUGGAGAAAUAAAACAGACAGCUGAAGAUCUCGAUGAAUUUUUGAACAAGGUCAGGAGAGGUGAAAACGUCUCAAAUGAUGAAAUCUUGAACUUUGCGAAGUUGUUUAAUGAUGAGCUGACUUUGGAUAACAUGAGCAGGCCACGCUUGGUAAAUAUGUGCAAAUAUAUGGGUAUCCGACCUUUCGGGACUGACCACUACUUGAGGUUCAUGCUUCGCAAAAAACUGCAAGACAUUAAGAAUGAUGAUAAAAUGAUUCAAGCUGAGGGUGUUGAGUCUCUCUCUGAAGAAGAACUUCGGCAAGCCUGCCGUGAACGUGGUCACCUAGGUUUGUUGUCAACAGAAGAAAUGCGCCAACAGCUCCGAGACUGGUUGGAUCUCUCCCUUAAUCAUGCCGUGCCAUCCUCUCUUCUCAUACUUUCAAGAGCUUUCACUGUAUCUGGGAAAAUGAAACCUGAGGAGGCUGUCGUAGCAACCUUAUCUUCUCUACCAGAUGAAGUCGUGGAUACAGUUGGGACAGUAUUGCCAUCUGAAGAUUCGGUUUCUGAGAGGAGGAGAAAAUUGGAAUUCCUUGAGAUGCAGGAAGAACUUAUCAAGGAGGAAGAGAAAAAGAAAGAGAAAGAAGAAAAGGCAAAACAAGAGAAAGAAGAAAAAGCGAAGCAAGAGAAACAAGAAACGGGCAAACUCAAAGAACCAAAGGCUGCUGAAGAAGAUUUGGCUUUGAAGGAAAUGAUUGACCCCACUGCCAGGGAAGAAGAAGAACUGAGGAAAGCGAAUCAGCACGAUAAGGAACAACUCUGUAAUAUUAGUCGAGCACUGGCCGUACUGGCAUCUGCAUCGUCUGUUAGCAAGGAGCGUCAGGAAUUCCUAAGCCUUGUAAACAAAGAGAUUGAACUGUAUAACUCUAUGCUUGAAAAGGAGGGUACAGAAGGUGAAGAGGAAGCUAAGAAAGCAUACAUGGCUGCUAGAGAGGAGUCGGACAAGGCAGAUGAGGUUGCUGAAGAAGAAAAGGUUUCAUCGGCGCUGAUUGAGAAGGUUGAUGCUAUGCUCCAGAAAUUAGAAAAGGAGAUUGAUGAUGUGGAUGCACAAAUUGGAAACCGAUGGCAAAUUCUUGAUAGAGAUCACGAUGGCAAGGUGACUCCUGAGGAGGUGGCGGCAGCAGCAGCUUAUCUGAAGGAUACGAUAGGGAAGGAAGGCGUCCAAGAGCUUAUCAGCAACCUCUCUAAAGACAAAGAAGGGAAGAUCCUCGUGGAAGACAUUGUGAAGCUGGCAUCACAAACAGAUGAAAACAAUGAAGAUGAGGAAGAAGCACGACAGUAAAUGGAAAUGCGUCUGGAAGCUUUUGGCCUGUUAAGAUUGAUAAGUUUAUCAUUUCAGUUGAGGCGAAACCUUUCUAGUAUCUCAAACCAUUUCAUGGUUGUGCCGUGUGUAAAUCAAAAGCGAGGCAGCCAUUCAAUUUUUGUGCAUCUCUUCCCUGAGUAGACUUGGACAGUGGCCCGUGAUUCGCCAAGGAAGCUUGCUGUAAAAAGAUGUAGACACCCAUAUAGUUAGGCUCAGGUGCUGUGGAUCGGCAGGUAAAUCGCAACCGAAAUUUCAACUGGUUGCUGUGGAGGUGGAAAUACAGAUUGGCUGGAUUUGGAUGCUACCCACUAGUAAGGAAAUCUUAAAUGAUUUAAGUUAAAUAUAUUUCGAACCUUGGAUAUCAGUUAUAUGUAUGCUUAGUUCAGUAUAUGAUUUUGUCUAUGGUCU